AUGACAUCUUAUCAGUCUAAUAAUCACUUUUCGGAAGAAGAUAAACGUUUUUCGGGAGACGAGAAAACAUUUUCCCCCUCCGAUAUAGUUGAAAAGGCAAUAGUGGAGGAAAAAUCCAUUGGGGUCGAAAAAGCAGAAAUCUUAGCUAAUCAAUGGAAACACACGUUUUGGUUCAAAUUGCUUUUAGGGUUUUCUGCAUUUCUUUGUGGUUAUGCUUAUGGUCUCGAUAGUCAAACUCGAUAUGUUUACACUGCUUAUGCAACUGCCAGUUGGUCAGAACACAGUUUAUUAACAACGGUUAACGCUAUUACUGGGGUGGUGGCAGCAGCAAGUCAACCGGUCUAUGCAAGAUUGUCUGAUGUCUUGGGACGGUUAGAAUUGUUCAUUGUUGCAGUUUUGUUUUAUGUUGUUGGUACUAUUAUUGAAUGCCAGCUGCCAACCAUCAAUGCUUAUGUUGCUGGUGCCGUCUUGUACCAAAUCGGAUACAGUGGUAUUAUUAUUAUGUUGCUAUUCAUUUUGUCUGAUUUCUCAAGUUUGAGAUGGAGAUUAUUUUUUACAUUAUGUCCGUCAUUCCCGUUCAUUAUCAACACUUGGAUCUCCGGUAAUGUUACUGCUGCUAUUGGCACCAGAUGGAAAUGGGGGAUCGGGAUGUGGGCUUUUAUACUUCCAUUGUCGUGUAUUCCUCUUGUGUGCUGUAUGCUUCACAUGCGUUGGUUAGCUGGUAAAACCGAAGAGUGGAGAGUUUUCAAACAACGUAAAACAAAGUUCCAGGAAUUGGGGGUAUUAGGAUUUACCAAGUACUUGUUUUGGAGAUUAGAUGUUAUUGGAUUAUUGGUGUUAACUGUAUCAUUGGGUUGUUUAUUGGUCCCAUUGACACUUGCAGGUGGUAUCAAGGAAACUUGGCAAAAAGCUCACAUCAUUGUACCAAUAGUCAUUGGAGGUGUCUUGAUUCCCGUGUUCCUUUUAUGGGAAGGUUACGGAGCUCGAGACCCAAUUGUACCACUUCAUUUAAUGAAAGAUAGAGGUAUUUGGUCGGUCGUUACAAUUUCCUUCUUUUUAGACUUUGUUUUCGCUGUUGAAUCUAACUUUUUGUACACAGUGUUAAUGGUGGCAGUCAAUGAAUCGCAAUCAUCGGCUACCAGAAUUGCAAGUCUUUCAUCAUUUGUAUCCGUUGUCACGGGUUUCAUUUUCGGGUUAUUUGUUGUUUAUUUUAGACGUGUGAAAGGAUUUGUCGUAUUUGGAUGUGCUAUGUGGAUGGUUGCAUUUGGUAUCAUGUACCACUUUAGAUCCCAGUUGCAUGCUCAUGCAGGGAUCAUUGGUGGUAUGUGUUUGAUGGGAUUUGGUACCGGGUUCUUUUCCUACCCAAUCAAUGUCAGUGCACAAAGUUGUGUUACUCAUGAACACAUGGCUGUGAUUUCAUCAGCAUUGUUUACCACCUACAGAAUUGGAUAUGCUGUUGGUUCAUCAGUGGCAGGUGCAAUUUGGUCGCAAAUGUUGUACUCAAGAUUAGUCAAAUACCUUAGUGAUGCUACUUUAGCUACAAGCGUUUAUACUGAUCCAUACACGUUUAUUGCAACUUACGUUUGGGGGUCCCCAGAAAGAGAGGCUGCAGUCAAAGCUUACGGUGAAGUUCAAAGAGUAUUGAUGAGUGUCUGUAUUGCAUUUGUUGCUCCUAUGAUAGUAUCGGCACUCUUUAUGAGAGACCACAAAUUAACCAAUGAGCAAAGUUUGGAAGAUGUUGAAAAGCAAGAAAAAAAGGACUCAUUAAGCAAUUUUUUUAGCAGAUUCAAGAAAAGACAAGCAGAUGUUUAG